AUGGCCAUAAUCAAGGUCUUCAAUAGCCCCACCUCUGCUCGAGUUUUCGUCCAUAACAAUGUCUCCCAACCGUUCUCUAUCCGAUCUGGUGUUCGACAAGGUUGCAUCGUUCCUCCCAUUCUGUUCAACUACGCCAUCGACUGGGUUCUUGGAAGGCCCCUAUACAGUUUUGACGGUGUUGAGUUUGCACCCGGACGUCGGCUGACUAAUCUAGGCUACGCCGACGGUGUCAACUGGUUGGCCUCAAGCUUUGGUGAUCUACAGUCUGUGGUGUCACAGGUGAAUGAAGUCGCCACUUCGAUUGAUUUAUCCACAAACACCGGGAAGGUCAGAUUGUUUUCGAGCUGCAUCCUCGGCCAGGAGAAGGCACUCCUCAUGAUAAAUGGUUGUAAACUUAAAGGGAGCAAUGUUUCAAGUACCUCAGGUCGAGGUUGCUGCCCAAUGGACACAGUAAAAAUGACAUUGUCUCCCGAAUCCUUAGAAAAUGUUUAUGGAUUCGACGCGACACAUCCAUCGCCACGAAGAUCCGCCUGUACUGGGCACCCGUCCGGUCAGUCCUCAUUUACUCUACUGCGAGCGUAGAAGACGAGCCAAAACUGGCAUUAUUUGACCAUCGCUGUUUACGGAUUAUCCAUUGAGUGCAGUACAUACACAAUGUCUCAAACGAGACAGUCCUCACUGACUGCGACAUCGCGAAGAAUGGGAUGAGCUGUCCAGAUGCACUGCUGCGAAUCGUCACUCGUAGAGAGGUACAAUACGUGACGUCAUCGAGGUCGUCUAGAUCAGGCAUGACCACAGCCGCACUAAGUACAAGAUCGAAGGGGUGCAAACAAAUGAAUCGGGUCUCACUUGUCAUAUCGUCAACUUCCUUUCUGUCCAAGUGAUCAUCUGGUCUCUAUUCCGGGCCAUGUGGUAAACAUAGCUGGUACCGGGAACUAGGCAAUGUGCAUUUAAGUUUAUGCCACACUUCCCAUGUAUUCUUUCACUUUAGGCCGAGUAGCUGUUCAAAUACCAGGGAUAAGUGGCGCCGAAUUUCUACCAGACUGUGAUGGCAUCCAAAAUAUCCGAAAAUCCUUAAAAGCGAAGAGGCCAUCGAAACAUCUGUUCCUUGGACCACAUUUUGAAGUUUUAAUUAUAUGAUUUUCAGAAUAUUCCGAAUUACGUCCGCUUUGUCUUUGGUUGUUACUGUGUUAUUGUGAAACAACAUUGUAUCGUUGCUCUGUAGGAGUUCGACGGUUGCAGAGCAGCGAGAUCGUACUUAGUAAUAUUCUUUGUCGGUUACAGCCAAAAUAAUCUGAAGCCUUUCUUUGUUUGCAGGGCAAAGUGUCUGCCCUCAUCGUCCAGGAUAGGCAAGACACCUUCACCAUCCUUAUCAAGGUAAGUUAUUUCCAGAGGCUGUCGUUGCCAUCGAGUGGCAUUGCACUCCUCAGAGAGUAGUCUUUUGAUACGCGAAACCAGUCUUCGAUGUACGGUACCAUUCGAAGCCGCGUGGAUGCGAUCUCGAUUAAAGAUGAUGAGGUAGUCAGUAGGCGCAAUAAACCGGAAGGUUUGAGAUCUGUAGGCGCGUACGCCGUUGACCACCUGGGCAUACGCUGGACUGUGUCGGACAUUGUGGAGGCUGUCUGCUUUGAGCGCAUUGCAGUGGACUCAUAGAUGGCAUCCUGUAAUGAACGUGAAGACUGCAGAAACAGUCGGAGUGGAUGUAACUUCUAACUUGUUCCUCGAGACGUUAAGAACGUUCACUAGAGUGCAUUAUGUGGACAAAGCCCUGUCUGAAACAAGCAUUCUGAUACUCGUUUAUUAGUGCCCCACCAGUUUGUCUGUGGGACGUGAUGAUGUGCAUUCCAACCCCAAGCCCGGUUGAGUUCAUCGCGUACUUCCUCGUUUGGGCACACCAGCAAAGUUUGAGGUUACUGGAACCAACUUUACAAUUCUUUUCAUAUUCCUUGUGCUGAUGAGUUGAUGGCACUCGGUAAUCUGUCAGUCAGCUACAUGUUAAACAAGUCGGUCAAUUUUUUGGAGUAAGUCUUGACUGGUACUAGACAGUUGAUCGAAGUGUGUCGAAUUGUGGUCUUAACAAGAUGCAGAUCUCUAGCCGUGAAACUGCAAUGGAACUCACAUAUAUAUAUAUAUAUAUUGGCGUUCAUGUUUCUUCCCUUGACGCGCCGCAUGGUGUUCAGUUUGGAAGUGCCGACUGCCGCUUGUAAAUAGUAAAAAGAGUUCGAACGUCCUCAGAAGGCUUAGUCUUGUUUUUUUUUUCUGCAUUUGCACUCUUCUCAUGUCUAGUUCUGCACAUCAGAAUUAUCAGACGAUUUUUUCCCACCGUACGUCUCCGAGUGAACCUUCACAGCUGCCACCGCCGCCGUCGCCGCAACAGCAGCAGAUGCCGACCCCGCCUACGGUUGCUGGUGCUGCUGCUGCUGCUGCUGCUGCUGGAGAGUUCCGUGAGGCCAAAGGGAAGGGAAAAGACCGGUACGUCUAGUGAACCCCUUUCCUUCCUGUCUGUGUGUUGCAUCUUUGCUGUGUAGCUGUGAAAGACGAGCCCUGUGUGAUCGGUAUUUGCGCGUAAGGGAUCUAGAAGUGUGUCUAGACUCGCCUUAUUGAAAUCUCAAGGUCCCUUUUUGUGUGGUAUUUAUUGUGACAACCGCCUCAGUUGAGGCUGCUUUCUCAGCCCCAUAAUUUGCCUUCAUGGACGCCUGACGCUCGUUUGGCAACUUCAUUGCCCGGUGGUGUUAAGUGUCCCCUUUUGUAUACUGCAUCAAGUUUGAUUUUUUCGACAGAAGGCAAGUUUGUAUUGCAUUGCUGUUCUGCAAAAAAUUGUAUUCUUUUAUUGUAUCUUAGCCCAGGGCUCAUUAAUUUUUCCACUUUUUGGAAGGGCCAUGUGUCUCAAGGAAAAAGAUCUGUGUCCGGCUCUACUUUUUCUUGCGCCAUUAUUUUCUCAUGUAUAAUUUUUGUGUGACUAUACUUUCCAUCAAAUACUUUUUAAACAGCGUUUGUGCUGUCCAAUUCAACGAGACCAUUCGCCUACAGAGAAAAAAUUGCGUCAAUAAGUAGAUUAUGAAAUAUACUUCUGUGAAUCGACUAGAGGAUUGUAGUGUGGAAGUCUCCAUCAGUAGUCGAACAAAGUCUGCAUAACUUUGCACCAGUCGACGCUCUGCAAGUACCUUGACGCUUGUUUUCUAGCAGUUGAGAAAGAGCUGCUAGUUUUUCUCAGAGAAAAAACGUUUGGCCAUUUCGUAGGUUGUCGCCUAUUCUUAUCACCCGCGUUUAUCACUAAACCUCUUCUGGCGCCCAUGGGGGUUACGUAUGUUUCCCCAGUAAGCAUUCGUUUGUCGGCCGCAUACAAAAGAGUCACACCCACAUUUUCUUCGAUAUGAAGGACGGUCGCUCUGAACAGGCGUUCUUCUAGUCAGAAAAUACACAGGAUUGUAAAGGAUUUCCUAUAAAAAAAAAACAGACAAACAGCUUCCCGAUGCGACUAUCUGAAUUGUGCGGCAGAAGAAGGUUAGGCGGUGUCAUGUAAACUCUUAAAUCGGGCCUUUGGACCACAUCGCUCACCACAAUGAGAGUAAGGGAAAAGUGAGGGGGAAGAGAGCGGUUGGUUGUGACUGUAAAUCUUAGACCGUCACUAUCCCUCUCUGUCAGAGUUUCGUCCAACCAAUCAAGCUUUGCAACGGUAACCGGCUGUCUCAGCCCAGCUGAGAUCUGUAAGAUUAUGGGCCUUCUAUGCUUCCCACCGCCGCUAGAAAUUAACUGCAGACAAGUUCGCCUCGUCGCCUGCAUCGAUCUAUCCUUAUUGUGGGACAAAAAUGAGCAUUUCAGCCUUGUCAUGGAGCCGGGGCGGCAGCAUGGGACCACCUAUCAGUAUUUAUGAAGGGUUUACCAGCAAUGACAGAGAUGAAACUAGAAUGACCUUGUCUGACGUAAAUGCCGCUAUCCGUCAGCGAUAAUCAAAUUCCGGUAAAGGUUUCUCGAUUACUGUUUGUUGCCAUGCCACCGCCCGCGUGAGCUGUAGACCCUCAACACCAUUCUCAUAUCUGUCCUGUAAUCAGGAUAAAUUGGCACAGGGCACUCCAAUGUGACUAAACGCUCCUGAUCCCCACCAGAUAUGACGCGAGCCUUAUCGGAUAAUCAACUGUUGACUGGGGACCCGAACCUAGGGUCUGUAGCUCGAGGUUUGGAGUGUUGCUGUCUGAUGACAGCAAAUAAACCGAUAAUAGCCAUUUCAGUGCCACUGUCUUUGCCGAUAACGCUAUCUCAGCAUUGCUUGUGUGAUUUAAAUCUCGGUUGAAUUGUUGCGAAGUAUCAGAAAAAGCCGGGUGAGGGACUGUUCUACAGUAAUCAUUGCUUAAUUGGUCCUGUUUGGAGCCAAGGUGGCACUUUCUGCAUUAUGUCCCGCACGCCUACGUUUCUCCGUAGACCUCCGACAACCAAGCCUUGGUGAGUAAAUCCGACAAGCUAACGCAUCCUCGAUCUAGGCGAGUGCGAGUCGGCAUGAUGAACCGCCUUUGGACACGUGCAUCACGCUGCCCAGCCACCAGCAAGACUUUUGGCCGAUCUUAAACACUGCGAACGCGUGCCAAUUGUUUGGUGACUUUCGCGGUUUCAGGCUACCUUAUUGCCAUUGGAGCUUGGUCUAGAUACACACACGUAUCUACCGCUUGUGCUCUUAUACUGAAGGAAGUAAUCUUUUCGUCUUGCUAUCAGCACCAUUCUGUUUUCCGCAGCGUUUUGAUAAGAACAACCAUGUACUCUGGCUUUGACAAGCGCACGCUUUAAUCAGCACCUGCUUGCGGGCAGGGAAGUUGACGUUUGAGGGCCAUUUGGAAGCGGAAGUGGUAACAAUCGGGAGAGGGCACCCAAAAAAAUACUGCCGGCCAAUGCAGCGAUCUUACCACAAAUGUCCUAAGCUAUGCAGCCAUUGACUGAGCCCCACACUGGCGACUGCGGUAGCUGCUGACCUCUGGAAGUAAUGGUAAAAAUUGAUAAUCCAAAUGUUCGGUCAACGGCGAUCGUAUUGCAAUUGUCCUUAGGUAAGCUACUAUAGAAUAAUCCGCAUAGGGACUACUGCGGUCGCUUGUCAGCUGUGGAAGCUUACAGUAAGGUUGUUUAACGUAGGGUGGGUCUACGGCGAUCGUUUCGCAACUGUCCAAAGGGUACUGUGCCAUAGAUUGAGCCGCAUACCUACAACUGUGGUCAUUCCUCACCUAAGGAAGAAAUCGUCAUAAUGGAUAAGCCAAAUGGCCGGCCCAUAGCGAUCGUAUCGCAAGUGUUUGAACGUAUGCUACCAUAGGUUAAGCCGCAUAUCGACUACUGCGCUCGCUCUUCAGCUGUGGAAGCUAAUGCCGAGGUUGGUAAACAUAGGAUGAGUCUAAAGCGAUCAUUCCCCAACUUUCCUAAGCUAUGCUGGUCUAAAGUAAGCCGCAAACGGACCAAUGCCGUCGCGCGUGACCUAAGCAAGCAUAUGUGAAUAAUGGCAAACCAAUGGUCGGUCUACAGCGAUCGUUUCUCAACUCUCCUAAGGUAUGCAAGGGUAGAUUUAGCCGCAACCCCACUACUGCUGUCACUCUUCAGCCGUGUGAGCCUAAGUCUAGGCGGAUUAACCAUGGCUCGGUCCGCAGCGGUCGCAUCUCAACUGUUGGAGACUAUGAUAAUCUAAGUGACGCAACAUGUGCACUGCAGAUCAGGCAAAAUUUAGGUCGGAUGAAACAACAAAUAUGUAGGGCCAUAACCUACUCAAAUACGUAUAGCAGGUAUUAUUUCUAGGCAACAGAUAUUUGGGUGCCCUCUCCCGAUUGUUACCGAGGAAAUGGCUGUUCGAAGAACAUUGAGACGCUAAUGUUGAAUGAGCCGUAAUCUGACAAGCAGACCUUGAAAAGACAGGCGUGUUCCGAAUAAAUUUGUGCGGACAUUCUCGUCCCUUCGUUAUAUGAACGGUUCAUUCGUCCUCCCGAGGAGGCCACCAUGCCUGUUUGCCAUUAAAUCCGGUGACAGAACUCUGGGCGCGUCCUUUGUCAUGGGCUCUUUAGCGUGAAUCGGGAUUCGCGGCAAGAGAAUAUGAAUUUCACUGAUUCGCGGACGACCUCCCUUGAACGUACUAACCUGCUUCUCGGUGUUGUCUUCGGGGGCGGGGAGGGGGAUCCCUCCUCGAAAAACCGAGACCAACAAAAUGACUGUUUCUACAGUCGAUCCUUCUUAAUUUCUGUCUUUGAACGUCCGUCUUUUCAGUUUAUUUGACGUGAAGGCACAGAGUUUCACCAAAAACGAAGGGCUCUCAUUUAAUAGUCUACUUAGUUAAAAAGACUUUUGCUCUCUUUUGUUGCCCAGCUUGUAUUUUUGCUUUAAUUGUGGUCUGUAAAUGGGUAGUCCUGUGGCUUUUUGCGUCCUUUUGAGUGAAGAAGUGUUUAUUUGGGGUAAUCUCAAGUUUGUCCAUUUUAUUUACUGCAGUCUACUGCUAUUUUCCCGCCUAUUCUCCAUAAGAUGGGUUCACUGGAAAUGCUGGUUUUGAGAACACUUGAACACCCUUGUUAUUUUAUCAUCCCGACCCCAUCUCUCCCGCCUACUUGUGAAUGUGGAAGCCGAUAGUUUAGACAGACAUGCAGGGGCAUAGCAGGGACAUAGUGCGCCACCUGGCCAGUCAGACGAUCGUCGCGCUACCUACAACUUUCUGCGAUGCAUUCGGAAGCUGCCGCUUUUGAUAGCCAUGCAGUGGCAUGGCACCCGUGUGACCCACUACUAUAUCCGACUUUGUCGCUGAUGCUGGAUUCGAGGGACAAUCUGAGGCGUCGGGCUAAUAAAGCUCUUGCUCCAAGAAGUGUUUAUUCGAGAUAAUCUCAGGAUAUUAUCAGAGCGACUUACUCGUGUCGUGUGCUGCUGUCAGCUGAACUUUCCCCUCUUUCUCAAUGUCAGGCAGAUGUGCUGAAACGGCUAUUUUUGGGGGAGGGAGGGGGGCACGUGAAGACCCUUGUUAUUCUUAUUGUUUCAACCCCUCCUCUCCCGUCUUCUUGCAGCUUAACCCUUGAAUCCUCCGGUCCAAUACUUGAUAGCCUACCGAAACGCCCAGACGCGGGCGGAACUCUUGGUAGGCCUGUCACAGUCGAGGCCAAUUGUUGGGACAUGACCAUCAAGCACACAUCUGUCCUGAUGUACGAUAUUGAGGCGAUCGACGUAUUUCUGGUCUCCGGCGAAAAGAAAAUUCGCCUUAAAACUACUUCAAAGGGUCUUCAUGAGCACCUACAGGAGGUGACAAAACGGUGGGUAACCUUUUAUUGCAUCCCAUCUUCGAUGUUGCCCAAUACUUAUUAACGUCACUGGGCUUUAAUGUUCCUGCACGAACUGCGCCAUGAUCUGCUUUCAAACAGAAAAGGUUAGUUGUAUUGGAGACAUGACUGCAGAGGCAGCAUUGUACGCUGUAGUGGGGAAAAACUACACUCGUCUCAAAGUACAGAAGCGUGGCUUAUCCGUCGACAGACUUUGUUCCAAAGGUGGCUUGAAGAUUUAUUUCGGCGGAAGGGAUUUCAACCCACGUAUGCGAGGUGAUAAAAACUAAGGUAGGCGAAGGUACGAGUCUCAGUAUAGAAACCUGAGAUCUCUUCCCUGUAGUAGCGUUAACCUAACGGAUGAAUUGGUGCGUCUAUCUUUCAUCAGAACGCUUCCGUCGAGAAAAGCGAGAAUUUGUUUAAGAAAAUUGCUUUCGCACUGUCUGUGGAUAUCCCGCGGUUCACUCCUCAGGAUAACAGUGUCCCAUCUUAUCAUCCACACACUAGUCGGAUUUUCGGACCAUAAAGUCAAUAUCUAAUUAUUUUCAUUCCUCGGGUGCAGGGUUUGACAACUGAGGCCAUCUCCUUGAUCAUCGAGCCUCACUGGGAUGUGAAAAAUACGCUUGCUCCUACGUCGCGGAAUCGAGUUAUGCGAGUGUUCGCACCGCAGUGCGAACCUCUGCUUCCUCAAGGUCUCUUUGCCACAUGGUUAGUGCAGUAUUGCAGUUUCUGGCGCCGGGCAAUGCUCCCGUCUUUAAGGACAGUACAAUUAGCAGCUACGAAUGGCAGGAUAUUACGAUUGUCUCGGGUGAGCAGACCGGCGCCUUACUGGUCUGCUGGAAAACGGGUGUUGCUGCAAAUUUUAUUUGUACACAUUAGUGGUGCUGUUGUUAUCGACCCAGUUGUUGCUGUGUAAAUCACAACGGUAGAUGCUGGUGAUACGUAAAAAGAAGUCCCUCUUGGCGAGUUCCAGACAUAAUCAGGCAUCUCCAAAUGUACGACCGCGUCGUUAGGGGAAAUCUGAAUACCAGAACAUGUAUCAGCCCAUUCCCUUUGCGUGGUGAGAAACUGGCGAGAGUGGUGGAAGACCUGCUAAUUUUGCGAUGUUUGGCCGCUCGGUAGUUAAAAAGUACUCACGGCAACUCAUGGGACUGUGGGUUGCCUCGCGCUCGGAGGAUAACCACAGUCAGAAUCAGACUGUACGCAUGCGUUUCCGAAAAUAUUAUGUUACCUCAGUACUAAACUCUCAUGUAAUGCCGGACGCCGAAACUGUGGGCGAGAGUGAAUGUGGAUGUGUUCUUUGUCAAAAAAGCACGGACCGGCUCCAACCCGUUGGCCACACUGGCGCAGGUGGCAAUUAAUUCUGUGGGUCUUCCGCUAGAGAUAAUAAAACUUGCUGUGCACACUUCCAUUCUUCCUUUUUGUUGUCUAUGACUAAUCAGUUAUGCACCUUAGGGCUGAUAUAACGUUGCCCCAAUAAGCCGCAUGCAGCUGUCUUCAGUUAUUUGGAUUUGUUGGAGACGUCCGUCCCGAUGCCUUGGGGCUUGUAGUUCAGUUCAGACUGUUAUCCUCUGUGCUGCUGCUGCUUCGACCGCUAUUCAUCAGGACGAAUCUUUGCAGAUCAUCAGAAUUGGUUUUGACAAGGGUGCUGCUUGAUACUGCGAACGCUUAUCGCCUACCUACUCUCGACGCGUCUUAUAUGGCCUUAGGGUUGGGCUCUAGUUCGUCUGUGACUGGGUUUCCACCUGUCACUUCUGGUUUGCCUUUGUUUCACUGUCCUGUCCUUUAUACGAACCACUGGGGUGGCCAGCGGCGUAGUUUUGCUCUGAAAUCCUUCAUGUGUCCUUCAGGUUGCCAAGCACUGCCUUCUAUGAUGGCGGCCGCAUUAUUUACUCGGUAAAACCUCUGCCGAACGUCAGUGAACAGAAGUCCACAGUGGAAGUCUCCGUCCCAGAUCCGCUAGAAAGGGGCGAACUUGUCCUAAAGUAUACCAUCAUGCAAGUCGGCAGGGUUUCAGCGCGUGACUUACAAGACUACGUAGACGACAAGAACUCCUGCACUUUCAAGCUACCACAGGCAAGUCUUGCUUUGUCUUUGACACCCCUCUAAAACUUUAGGACUCAGUCAAUAUGCUUACUUGCAUAAUCAAGAACGUUAACAAAAGAGAUUAUGUCGUGCUUGGCGGGACGACGGCCUACAGCAAAGAACCAGUGGUCGUCGAUCGACGUAGACUUUUUGUGAUUCAUCGUGGAUUCCUAGUCAGCUGUCGGCCGCAGUGGAAAGUCCGAUUGAACAUUGAUGUGGUGAGUCCCGUUCUCUCGUCGGCGUCGAUUUGGGCUAAUUACAGAUAAUACCAGGCCCAAGGCCUUUAGGAAUAUUCGUUCAAAAUCGCUUACAAAGCCUCUCGUCCACAUGGCAUCAACGCAAACUAGAUAAAAAAUCUAAUUGAAACAAAGUUUCCUUGCGGAUUUUACUUUUGCUUUUCUUCCAUAAGGCAACUCUACCCUGACGAUAUAAUUAAGCUCUCUGAGGAAAUUAUGAUAUGCUGAAAGUCAUGGAGCUGCCAAUACUUUAUUAUUCGGCUUCAUUUUCAAACAACCUCCUACGACCAUAAAGUUGGAUCUCUGGUUUCCGUUCUCACCGGAGCAUGAUUUUUGCCCGACUUGAAGUGUCGUCCUUCACUGCUGAUCGGGGCUUGAAAUGCCCUAUCAAUUUUUAUAGUCGUCGAACUCGAUUUCAACCAUGUAGCGUCUAGCAUGGAAUGUUACUCGUUUAUGCCUGUGCAACCGACGGACAGGAGCGCCAUUCCGAAAAAUAAUAUCCAUUUGCCGUAGGUGUAUGUCGUAGAAUUCUCAGCCACCCAUCAUACUAUCAAGAAUGCCCUUUGUUAGUUACCAUUUGAGCCCUUCUCGGAAUUUGGUGACGAUGUAGACCUGUCAGACUUCGAUGUUCUUGAAAGUUGUUGCUGCUGUGGUGUGUAACUGGCAGGCGCACGAAUGGGAUCGAGUGAGAUCCAAAUCACAACAAUGAGGGUCAAACGCUUACUUGACAUGUUUAUAUACCUCACUUCAUAUGGCCUAUGACGUACUGAUGAUCGGUAGGGAUCGUGAAACAGCUGUCUGCGUCUGGUCUGUUGCUCUCUUAGUGAGCUGCGUAUGUAUUAUACGUGGUAUGUGUCCUGUGACACAACGUUCGUUGUCGUCAGUAUCGAGCAGGCGGGCGGACAGAGUGUGAUCGAGUGAGAUCCUAACCACAACGGUGAGGGUCAAACGCUUACUUGAAAUGUGUUCUCUGUCAGAAACUCUUUUUCCCUAUGAUCACCUGGUUCCCUUAGUAGGCGUAUCUAAAACGUAAGACCUCGCUGCAGGGGGGAGGGGGAAAUGCGAUCGAGGUCAGCGGUCAGCGUGCUUCUGGAUAGAUGGAAAACUUCCUAUUAAGUUUCCUACUUCGAAAUUUCUUCGUGAGGACAUUUGACCAAAAGUUUUCUUGUUUUUCCUGAAAACAGCGUGCUUUUUCGCAUCUAACUGCACGCGUUUGGUGGGCUUAGACGUUGUCUUGGCCUCGUCAGCUUCUGUGAGCAUGCCCACUCCUAAUAGUUUUUACCUUGACUUUCCACUGGGACAUGGUCUGCAUGGGAGGAGUGGAUAAGGCAAGUUCAGUGUAACUCUGCCCUACCCGCCGCAAACUAAUUCGCACGCAAGUCGCCACUGCGCCCUCUGGACAGUGGUGGACCGCGUUAGCGAAUUUCCACGUUCGAGGCGAUCUGCGAGUCCAAGCCGUAACACUAUCCAAACGCGCCCAUUACUAGACACCUCGAUCUUUUUAAGGCCGGCAGGACCUAGUGGUCAAGUUUAACAGCCGCAGAAGAAAACUGCUUUGACCUUAGGCACAGAAGCUCAGGUCUUUUUUUCUGAUGGAUCGCCCAGAGACCGCCUACAAAACCUCGUCCGCUAGAUAUCACCAAAGUUGAACGUUUUGACCAUUCCGUUCGGACAGAAUAUGGUUUCGUCGGCAAAAGAGGUCCCGGAAUUUCCCUUCUAACCAAAUUGUCCUACGUCUUUUGCCUUCUGAAUAUUAGGAAGUUCACCUUUUAAACCAACAUGUGUCCUGUUUUUGUCCUUAACAUUACUGAGUGACAUACCCCUGCACAGCAAAGAGGAAAGUCGCGCAUCUUGUUAGGCUGCCACGUAAAUUUAAUGACACCAGGUGUAUCCCUUACUAGGCAUCUGAAUUUCGGUUGCCAGUUUCACGAGUUCCUCUACUUAUUAAACCUUUCCCUCCCGUGUUCAGUAAGCGUCUGAAUACGGAUGCUGUAUUUUGUCCUCUAAGGCCAUCAACCGCCUUUUUUCCUUGUUCUUUUUUUCACAAAUUCUCAGGUCCACAAGGCUUUCUUCCCGUCGGGGAACUUAGCCGACAUUCUCUAUGAUAGCUACGGGGACAGGAUGUAUGAUCGGAGCUGGUGGGAGGCCAUGGCCAGGGACAUUCAGGGCAUUCGUUGUGAGGCCGGCCACUAUAGGAAUGAUAAUGGUAGGUGCUCCGCCGAGGUUCCGCUCAUUUGCGCCUUUUUCUAUCUGAAGUUUGCUCACAGCAUCCACAACUCCAAGUUGCUGCCGCAUUUAAUGAGAAACUGAUUUAAACGAAAUGAAGGUCGAGCUGUGAUCUCUCCAUGCCGCUAAUCGCGUUAAGCUGCAGAACACUUAAAUAUGGACCCGCGUACCAUAGGUGGCUUUACGCCACAUUCCAAGGGGGGGGGUUGGAGUUAAAGUUAGGACACAGGAAUAGGUGCCUCCCUUGAAUUUAGCAUAAGGCCGCCUAUAGUACGAGGGUUCAUAUUUCCGCGUCCACUUGUAUUCAGCUAGUAGCGAGGCGUGGUUUUCGAUAGCGUGGAGUUUUUUAUGUUGCCCAAAAGGGAAGCCUUUCGAUCUGAAUUACAAUUAAUUCAUCCGGCCCAAGGCGAAACUGCCCCCCCCCCAAUCGUCAGCUUGGCGGAUCGCUCUGUAUACUCAUAUUUUUCGAAUAAGCUGGGCAGGUGAGGGUGUGUAACACGCGUCCCUGAGAUCUUCUGUCACACUGUUUCUUCUCAAUCGAGAAAGAAGACGGUCUUUAGAGCGACGUCUGCCGACAAAUCGGACCAAAUCACAGUCACAUGGAACGGGCUCUGAUUAUUCACUGAUGUCAAAAUCUUCUGUCGUACUCGGCUUCCAGUUUUCCGAGACGACACUCUUCUAGCCUUCACUGUUCAGGUCAUAAACGGUAAUGACUCAGUUCUUAUGAUGGCCGGAGAUCUGAUAAGUGAUCGCCUGUUCGCGACCCCCACCGUCAGAGCACGGCGGUGAUUUUCUGAGAUACCAGCUCGAUAUUUUGCCACCACGCUAUUUGCACGACUGCCCAACAAAUAAAUGACUAAACGGGCAAUGCGUUUACUUAAUACAAUUAUCAGGUAGUACAAUAAAGUACUACAUUUGCUGUCGAAGUCCACUCAUGCAACAACUAAGGAGUCUGUUCAACACUGUACACAGCGGUAUGAUCAACCAGACCUUUCGGUAUGGAGCAUCGGACACGGUUAAGCUCGGGUUCGUUUCAAGACCCUACUCUUUCAUGUGGCCUCUGCGACAAUGACGCUGUCGGAUCUGGGCUUUAUAGGCCCGACUGACGUGUGUUUACCUUGUGCAAUUUUUUUACUGUCUGCUUUUCAGUUUUACCGUUUUACUGCUUGGGUUGUAACUAAGCAAACCCUUUUACUAUUUAUGUCGUCGGAGUUCCUUGCUUGUGCCUUACUUCGUCAAUCUUAUCUCCCAUUAGCCCACUUCAUCAAAUAUCUCGUCAGCCGCUUUCCGUCUGUUGCCUCGUCUACCUUGCGCAUUAACGAAUUUCGUUUUUAACGACAGGUACUACUUGGAAGCGCCGCGUUACGCUACAUGGUCUAUCAAAAAAUUCUGCAGACGGGGAAAUUAUUCAAGAAAGAGGAGUUUCUGUUGCGGCCUACUUUCUGGAGAAGUAUAAUAUCCUUCUAAAGUAUCCCGAGCUACCAUGUGUAAAGGUUUGUUCUUCUUCCCUUCUCAUCUCCACUGAACACCACAUAGACGAAAAGGGACAGGGCAGUGUUCCUGCCGAUGGAAUUGCUCACGGUUCUGCCCUAUCAAAAACCCAAUGCCGGCGAAGGUGAUAUCGUCCGCGAGAUCAUAAAAUGUGCCGCCGUCCAGCCGAAGGAUCGGUUCAAUCUACUCAAUUCUUAUGUUGCUGAAUUUGUUAAGAAGUAAUUUGCCAUUGUGUUCUUGUGUUUGCUCCCUCCCAGACCACCCGUCUGCGGCUGUUGCCAUUUAGUGACUUGUCUUUCUUCUCUUCCACACUGUCUCAGGCAAAAGGAACUGAAAGAGCUAUUUCAAUUGAAUACCAAUCCACUGACACCUGUUAAGGUCCCGGCGCGUGUACUGCCACAGCCACAGGCCCAGUUCGCCGACGGCCAGAUGGAGUUGGGACGCGGCAAAUGGAAUACCCAACGUUUUUUCUCUAGUCCUAGCAUGCCUAUCAAGUGGGCUAUUGUUGCCGUACCGCCUGACGAUGUAAGUCUCAAUUCCCCCGGAUUCUUUUAUUUGUCUACGUUCCUAAGGCUGCCCAAAUGGCUACUAUCCUCCCCCCCAUUUAAUCCACUGUUCUGCAAACUUGCUAUUUCUUCGUGUUCAUAUUUGCGUGGUUUAGGAAAGUGAGGGCUCACGAUUCGCAAGAAAUACCUUAUUCAGACCGCAUUUACCAACAUUUGCAUGCAUGUAGUCAUUGUAACUAGGACUAGCUUGGUUGUCAUCACCAUCACGGAACGGCACGGCUCACGCGCCAUCAUAAGCAGCUGGAUACUCACCGCUGCGUCCCGUUCUUGAGCACUACAGGCUUUUGAGUCCAUCACGUCUACUUCUGAGUCCGCCAGAUCUGUCCAUUCCUUUAUUUGACGGGCUUAUUUCACUCCCACUAACAGAGGACCUCUCUGACCAGCGGUGGGGCUGGCCAUUCAUGAUAUGAGACCAGCUAGCUGAGCUCACAAUUCCUCGGAGGUAUUAGUUGGUCUCAGCUGUGCACGAAGGGAACUUUUCGCGACCUUAGAGGAAGUUGUAACCUAUAAACCCGCACACAAUUGGCCGUUUGUCUGCCAUAUCUCGCUAUGAGAUCACACGUGCCCGCAGGAAUGGAACGGCAGACUGUGCGGAAAUUCAUUGUCUCGUAUACUGAACCGUUUCAUCCCGUUGAUCAAGAUCGUACUCUUGGUCCCCACCAUAAGGAAGGCAGGGGACUGCUCUUGUAGGUUAAAACCGCGGAGUAGGAUUGAUCCCCCGCAGAUUCCGACUCACUGAUCGUAGACAGUCGGAAUGUCUUGUGGUGAGAACUACUGCACAAGGCCGGCAUUUUAUAUCCCUGGGGUUCUUGUGAGCAGCCGGCAAGACAGUGCUUUGAACAGACAGGUUUUUUGAUGCGCUCAAGACCCAUCCCAUCUGUAACCGUCGCUUCCUUGUGCCAUUGUUUAUCACCAUGAGGCACCAUUAUUUACAUGCACUUUCCACAGACUUAAGCUAUGAUCUGGUCCUAUAGUUUUUUUCAACCUCAUCUUAAUCUGCUUCUUUCCCACAACAUUUUAGUCUGCGACGAGAGACUUGAGGACGGUGGCUGAUAAACUACCUAGUUGCGGUAAAGAGGUCGGUGUCGAGUUUGAUCCUAAACCGCUCAUACUACGGGCAACCUUUGCGGAAUUGCGAAAUGUCUUUAGUAAAUUCAUGCCCCAGGUCAGUCUGUCAUUCUCGUUCUCUGCGACAUUUUUUGUAUUUUUAUGCAAAAGGUACGAUUUAGACCAUAGAUGUUCAGAGUACAUUUAUCGUGUAGACUGUCUUGACAAAGUCAUUGACGUCGUGGUAGCUCGAAAUGUAUUUCGCGAGAACCUAUAGCAUACUUUAGCAUGUUUUCUACGCGCCUGAUAAACAUGCGCAGCGGCAAUCCCCGUUUGCUUAUCUGUGCAUGGCUGACGGAGUGAGCGAGCUUGGCCACGAGACUGCGGGCAUCAGGAAGACGAAAAACCAGAAUGCCAUGUAGUAGACCAGAACAUGACUCUCCGUAAGUGUAGAAACCUUAAAAGAAGGUGAUCUUAGCUUUGUUGGACAGUGUCAAAACGCGGUCCCUUUCCCUUUCGAAUCUCAUUCGUAAUGAGUGAUUUUUAUAUAACCACUAUUUCUGUCCGUACUUAUCGUUCUACGGUAGGACGCGAAUAUAAGUACCUCGUUCGUGCCCUCGCGCUAAAUUCCGCGGGGGUUAGGAAUAGCAGGGUUAGUUCUGGGGUUGUGGUUAAAGUUAAGACAUUGGGAUAGGUACGCCUCUCCUGGAAUUUAGCGUAAACCCACCUGCAGUGCUGGGAGGUACUUGUUUUCUUGUCCAAACCUUCCUACUUUUUAAAGUACUGACUAGUGUCCAGCCGUUCACGCAUUCUUGCCCAGUCAGCAGCACGUCCAAGCUGCCCAGGCUGUCAGUAUGAGGCACACCGGUGUGCUAUUAACUGAUAUCCUUUCGCGUGUUUUCUGAUGGAAAUUAUUUAACCGGUGAAUUUGAGGCCAUGAGGCACGUGUGGCAUACGCUCAAGUUAACUUAAACACUGGCAGCCUAGCUCUAGAUUAUGAAUCCGCUCAUCCAUCAGUGUGCCGCUCAUUUACUUAGGAAAAACUACUUAAGCGGUGUUUUUUCCACAAGUUUGUCUAACAAUAGUCGGUCUAAAGUGGAUCCAACUUAAUAUUGCUCCUACUUGAGAGGUCCUUUUAGGUGUUUGCAUGAAGAGCCAUGUUUAGUAUUCGGACAGACCAUGAAUACCAACAUUGCGCUAGCGAGGACUGAGUAUUGUCAGGUUUUGAAUAUGGAACUCGAGAAACGAUCGCACAUAUCGGCGUCGAACACCAGCGGUCCGUCCUUAAAUCGCUCGAUCCAGCUCAAAUAUUGCUCGGCCACACCAUGGAACUUAGAGUUUGCGAUUAAUGUUGGGACAUCUAUGUCACCAGGUUUCUUUUAAAUUUUUAAUUUCGGGCAGACUUCCAACAAAGCUUCAAAUUAGUAGUUUGUGUGUGUGUCCCGUCAGGCGUUUUUGUUCUGUGAAGGGCAACUGUCAGACAUCAGAAACACCUAUUUAUUAAGGGCUCGAGGGUACUCUCAGUACCAUCAUCGGAUUUUCCGCUGCUUUGUGGGCAAUGUGUUGAAAAUUCUCGAGAACCCUUCAGAAUCUGAAUUCAGUAUUACGAUCCAGGGUACAGCUUCCCCGGGGAUCGACACAGUUCGGGCGAAUAAUAUGUGAGCCUAACUACUCAUUUAAGGGUAGCCACUUGAUACCACACCAUUGGAUGUGGGAAUGUCCAUUGGCCCUGGCACUCAAAUUUCGACGGCGUGCAAUCGUCAUCAGUACAACGCUGGAUCUACGGCCUGUCUCAAGUCAGGAUCCCAGACAAUGACCCUCGAAAAUCAGGAUCACAGGGAUAAACUUCAGCCUCACCGUCUUUCACAGCGACUCAUCCGACUCUACUGGUGGACAUGACUCAAAGACCGCUUCCUCGGGACAGGUACGUGUUGCCUGCGCAGGAACCAAUGACCAGCUGGCUUGUUAACAUAUGUGUCGCUUCCGUCGUCGCGCCAACAUCAGCUGAUGUCCAGCGCGAUAAAGACGCGUUCUGCUUGCGGCUGCAACUCGACCGAAGGGCCACUUUACACUGACCUGUUAAUUGUUGGCUACCUUGUCGGACGCUUUACAUGUUGUUCUGGAUGUCACAUUGGUGAAGUAAUCUCGAAUUUCGCCGACCGGACCCGGCCAUUUGCUGUCUAUUGGAUUGAUCGCUUUCUGAUCGGUUCAAGGUUUCGUAGUUGGGCUCACAGUAGCAAAGUGAUGCCUGAUGCCGAAACCAGCAAACCCUGUGAGUCGUAAGAGUAACGAUAAAAAUUCGGUGUUGACGAUUUUGAAAAGCCGACUUUCAGGCUUGUGUAUGAAUUUCGGACGUCGCAGACUGAGAGUAUUGACGUUUUGUCUUCCAAAACUGCAAUCUGUGAGUGAGUGUUGACUUAUUGUACGCCGGCCAUGUCGAAUGGGUGAUGCCAGUAGUUUGCGUUUGUGGAGUUUGCAACCCCUUCAAAUUUAUUAAAAUUAACUACUUCAGUUUUGCUGCGUACUACUAGAAUUUUUGAGUUAUCUUUAGGAAAUACUCACAACUCAGACUUGUUACGGAGCCGCAGACCAUCACUGAAGGCUGUGUGUCUUUCAAAUACAUCAAGACACACAUGCAUACUCUAGCAACAUUUAACGCCACACCCGCCGUCUCUGCGGGAGUGUAAAUUCACUCUCCCAUAUCGCAGUCAAUGUUCAUUAGUGUAACCCCUACUGAAAACGUGAUAGGCAAUUUUAAUUGUUCCUUGCUUGUCUUCUUGCUUUUUAGGGCAUCCAACUGGCAGUUUUUAUCCUUUAUGACGACAAAUACUACUCCGAAAUAAAGCGUCUUGGUGAUCUAGAGGUCGGGCUUAAGACCCAAUGUGUGAAAUGCCAAACUUUGCGUAAACGGAACGUCUUUCGUAAGUUCUCAUCCGAAUUUGGAUUUUGGGAAUUCUGGCCUGUCAAGAGUAUUCCUGAGAGCCCUUUUACUAGUUUUUUGUGUCUCGUCGCAUUUCACUUUUGGACUUAUUCCGUCUUCGGUUUCAAACGUGCUUUUUCCUGUUAGCCAACCUCCUGCUGAAAAUUAAUGGAAAACUGGGCGGAGUCAACUGGAUCGUCAAGGAUUUGAGAAGGAAUGACGACCUUCUCAUGGUUCUGGGUGCCGAUGUCACCCACCCUCGCCGCACUCGGGGCGAUAAGUUACAAAAGUCUGUUGCCGAUGUCACCCACCCUGACCGCACUCAGGGCGAUGAGUUACAAAAGUCUGUUGCCGCCGUCAUUGGUAGUCUUACGCCAGACCUCAUGCAGUACGCGGCUGUGAUAAGGCAACAGAAUACUACCAACCCUGGAGACAAGACUAGGCAAGAGGUCAUUGUUGAUAUGGAGUCCAUCAUAACUGACCUUUUGAAGGUACGUUUUUUUGCUUUCAAUUGACCUCCUAUCUCCGCCCAUGCUGUUUCGUUAAUUCUCAUGCGUUUAAUACUACAUCCUGCCCAGUAUACACUUUUUUUUAGGGAGAAGUGGAUAUCCAUGGUAGGGAAAAUGCGAUUCCCAAGUGGCAUUUCAAAGGAAGGGGUAUAUUUUGAUUCUGACGUUUCGGGUGCGGAUUUCGGCUACCCAGCCUCAGAGACUAAAGAGUCCUCUGUCCAGCUCUCAUUGCAUUGCGCAUGUUGCCCGAUGCGCAGUUCGCCAAUGCUCCUUGUGGGGGUGAAUCGUGCAGCCGUUCCACCCUGGGCUGUGUCGUCGUCCCCAUCUACGUUGAUCGUGGCAAUAAUUGGCGAACCCGACUGUUUCGCGACUUCAUUUACUGCGGAAGCGUAGGUUCUCAAAACCAGAUAGGGGGGAGGCAAGUCUAUGUAACGGUUGCGUGAAGAAAUUGGGGUGGAUAUUUUUUCGUGCAUUUCCUGAAGGUGUUAACAUCUACACAAAUUCUGCCUACCCAUCCUAGGACCGUCAAGUUGUUUUCUUAAUAACAGUCAGUGGACAGUUGUGAGCGCCAGUCUGAUUCAGCAGGAUAGAUGAGCGGUCGUAGGUGUUCUGGCGGUAGUGGUCGUUGAAACAACAGGUGUCCAUUGUAAACCGGAAGACAGUCUACCUUUCUGGUCUUACCUGUGGAUGGGGUAGAUCUGCCUAACAGUGAUAUUCGCGCCUAAGCGCAACCCUGUUUAACCUCCGAUUAAUCUUUGGGCAUUGGUCUGUUUAACAUGAACCCAUUACAGCCGUCAGUGUUUUUUCAUAAGCCUGUCAGUUCAAACGCCAAUGUAUUUGUUUAUUUUCAACUUUUCACCCUCUUCCCAUCCUCACUUUUGUUCCGUACCGUGCUCUCUGACUGUAGGCUUUUGGUCAGAGGAAUAAAGAACUCCCCAAGAAAAUAAUGUUCUACCGUGACGGAGUUUCAGAGGGAGAGUUCCAGACGGUAUGGCAUGAAGAGUUACGCGCGAUCCAACGUGCCUGCCGCCUCCUCAGACCGGAUUACGAGCCGGCCAUCACCUUUAUCGUCGUCCAGAAGCGUCAUCAUAUCCGCUUUAAGCCUAUGGAUCCUAGGUAAUGCAUUCAACUUUCGGCUUUCUAGGCACUUGCUUUCCCGCCUUUUUUUUUCUAGUGCCCGUAAUGUCGAUCCUGGAACUGUGGUUGACAGGGAGGUGACGCAUGCGUCCGAAUUUGACUUCUUUUUGUGUUCCCAAGAGGGUAUUCAGGUUAGCUCCCUAUUUUGUUCUCGUUUCGGUGCUCCUGUCUUCUUUUUUUGCUUGGCGUGUGCCGCCAUCGAGUGUGGCGGUUGAUUUCGUUUCAGUUCUUAUUGGUUCGCUAAGUCGAAAAGUGUGAGAAGUCACACGCAAUGUCGGUGAGUCCCCAGAUUUACUGUAGCAUAGGGCUGUGGUGACAGAGUUGCGGAAAUAGUUCACUCAGUAGUGUCACCUACCCUAGCAUCUUCUUCAUCUUGUCUUAAUAUCGGACCAUCUUCGCCAGUUUUCGAGUGCACGGCAUCGUGGACCGGGUGCGACCCAUGAUCUGCAUUCGUUGUCUGGACCGGCAGCUGCCGUCUUCCAGCUGGGGUUCUAUUCUUGAAGUCCGUACUGUACAAGUUUCCCUCCAGGUCGGACUUAACCGCGCCCAUCAAUUCCCUCGUCUAGCCCUCAGGACGUCCACCCAGUUCAGACGGAUUUGCAAUGAUGACAGCUGAGCUGCACUUAGCGUCGACGGAGUACAUGACCGAACCAUCGUACGCGAACGUGCUGUCGAUCUAAUUGAUACUUCCCACAACUUGUUUGCGUUUUUCCACUUUUUGGAUUUUGUCAUCUCCCUAGAUUUCCCCUAAUCCCCAUUGAUACCCUCUGGCUUUUGGUUUUGUGCUUUAACGCACUCCAUAAGGCCUUUGAAGGGGAACGUAGGAUCAUUUUCCAAUCGUGUUUCCUAGUUAGAGUUCGAUAACUUCGUAAAGUACAGUUGUGCAAUUUCAACAGACUUUUUUUCAACAAUCUAAAUAAACGCCGUGGACUUGUGCAGGCCCUGUCGAUGUAGUUUGGGGCAAUGGGUGACUUGUGAUUUCGAAGGUGUAAACGUCUUGCCAAAUAAAAAAAGAAACCAGUUGAACUGGUUGACUACAGUGUCUGUCCUGUCUAGUCUUGAAAAUGUUCUGCAGGUAGCCCGUGACUGGCUACCGAAUGUCCACUCAUGAUCAAGCUGGAAAGCCCGCUUUGCCUGGCUUUGUGCACAAGACUUCUUCAGUCAGUAUGUUGGAGGAGACAUAAUCUGCCCGCUGGGACCCCACGCUGGCUGGGUCGUGCUGAACGGAAACUGAAGCAGUGGAGUUAGAAAGAGGGGUGUUUCCUCCAAGAGGGAGUGCCUACCCACGAAAGCCUUCUGUGAGUGCCAGAAAGACUGUAGUUUGUCUUCUAAGCUGGCACAGGUGGUCGGAGUGCCCAGCGUCAGGACAAGAGAUGGGGAUCCCCGCCCCCCUAUUGGGGGCCUUACGUUAAUUUCCAGGGAGGUUAGUGCUAGUGUUAAGGUUAGGGUUGGGGUUAAAGCCAGCGUCAGGUUGAGCUAGGAUUAGGGCCAGGUUUGGGGUGGUAGUGUUAGGAUUAGGACACGGGAACACUCGCUCUUCCGGGAUUUUUGCACAAGUCUGUCCAGUUGUGUGUGUGUGUGUGUGUGUGUUUGUGUGGAGUGGCGGACUGGUGGGCCGAGAGCCAGGCUGAAACGGCUCCUUCUCAACGUGACCUAAGGCACUCUCACGCAUGUGAGAUGUACGCCGCUCAACCCCCGUUGUGUGAAAUCGUGGUGCUUGUGUUUGGGGAGCCAGGUCGUGCAUGUGGGGUGCGCAGACAAUGUCACUAGAUAUGUCAGCCACCGCGCCCAUUCUCCGCAUCUGUCGGCUGACCGACUCGGACAGUGACUAGGGCCUGGGAAUGGGAAGAUAGGGCGAGGUCGACGACCUAGCGCACUUUCCUCACUGUAAACAGUCUGAUGCGCUUGAAGCUAUAACGGUGUGCUAACAGCCGUGGCUUGGAAGGUUGCCAACGGACGGCAUAACUUGGACCUCGCAGUCGGCCCAGUGUUGUGUAUGCUGGUGUGGAGUGGCUGGCUGGUGGUCCGAGAGUCAGGCUGCAAUGGCUCCUUCUUAAUGUCGUUUUUAUGGCACUCCCAUUCCAGGUGUGACAGCACGCCUAGGUGCGGCUCCGGCCGUGCCAGCCACCCUUUUGUUGUUGGUUAAAAUCCUGUUCAUUUGCUGUGUGAACCAGGGGGUGUGGAGUGAAGCGUCAAGGUGCGGGCUCGACCGUGCCAUCCAGUUGCGCCCUCACCCGCCUCCGGUCUUCUUGACUAUGUCUUGACACCGGGUUCAGGUGGGGGAGGAGGAGAGAGUGCGGUAGAUGCAGCGCAAGCUUGCACUCACUAUAAACUAAAUCAGGCUCAAGCCACCGUGCCUGCCUCACCUUGUUGUGGAGCACACGGUGGACAUCAUUGGCAACGAUGGUCGAAUCGUCAGAUCCCUAUUCCAUGUCUUACUGGGAUUUGUAAUUGCCAGUUGAGUGUCUAAGCUGUAGGAUUUGGGAUGUGCACCACUGAGUGUCACAUUUCAGAUGCACCUAAGUAUAGGCUGGAUGUCCGAAUUUCAUUUAAAUGCUCAGUAAGGAACUUGUCACCUUCUGCUUCUAAUGAUCCCCUUACCUCCCUUCUUCUUACUCCUUAGGGAACCUCGAAGCCGGCCCACUAUCACGUUCUUUACGAUGAUAGCAAUUGGGGUUCUGACGUCCUUCAGUCUUUCACUUAUUACCUCUGCUACGCUUACCAGCGUUGCUGUCGUAGCGUUUCCUACCCGGCACCGACCUUCUACUCUCACCUGGCUGCUUUUCACGCUCGUGAUUGGUUGAAGGGCUGUGAGCAGCCUGAAAAACUCUUCGUGGACAAGAAUAAGUUCAAAGUAAAUAGUAGUCAGGAGAAUUCCAUGUUCUUCUUGUAA